UUGACAUUUAGCAAAACGUAUACAGACAGCCUCGAACUGAGACUUUACAAUCUAACGAAAAAAGGCCAAUAAUGUCGGAAUAUGAAGCCGUUCGUCGGGGUAAAUUAGUUCUCAAAGGAGAGCCAUCCAAGACCAAAAAACGUAAACACAAGAAGGAGAAAAGUGACAAACCAAAAAAACGAACUGUAGAUGAAGAUGCAUUAAAGCACGGCGGCUGGUGGAAAGCAACAAAAUUCGAAGACAUUACUGGUUCUGUUGCAAUAGAAUACGGCAAAAAUUCGUACAUAACAGCCCUCGACAAUGGCUUGUUUUCACUGGGCGCUCCACACAACGAAAAUGACGGCCCAUCACCCGAGGAGAUUUUCACGGCAUUCCCCAUCAACGAUGCACGCGUGGCCUUUAAGUCUGGCUACGGUAAAUAUUUGAAAGUGGAAAAAGACGGAAUGGUGACGGGCAGAUCGGAUGCAGUGAGUCUGUUGGAACAAUUUGAGCCAGUGUUUCAGGACGGUAAACUAGCACUACAGGCGGGAAAUGGUUGUUUCAUGAGCGUUGAUCCGGAGGAUGAUGCAGUGGUUGCGCUGAGGAAAGUUGCCGGCGAAGCCGAAGUGGUGACAAUUCGUGCUUGUGCCGUGCGUGAAUUAAAUUCCGACGAUGACGUUCCGACGGAGGAGAAAGGGAACUUGGAUCAGGUUGAAAUAAACUACGUGAAAAAAUUCCAAAAAUUCCAAGACAAGAAAAUGAGGAUCAGCAAAGAAGACAAGUCAGCGCUGGAAAAGGCCAAAAAUGACGGCAUCCUGCACGAGACACUACUGGAUCGCCGAAGUAAAAUGAAAGCCGAUCGAUAUUGUAAGUGAAUUCCUCUGUUCUGUGGGUCAUUUUGAAUAAAAAAAGAAACGGUGCCGAACCGAUAUGUAACUAC